CUCGCUGUAAAUCUGUGGGUCUUCAGGGUGGCUCUGCUCCAUGUAUGUGUCAUUGUCGUUGGACCCCCAGAGUAUGCUCUCAGGGUGAUGGCAGAGGCACAAAGGGCAACGAAAACAUUCAUCACCUCUUAAAGCCUAGGCUCAGAACUGGCACACCGUCACUUCUGCCCCUAAAUUGUUGGCUAAAACAAGUCACACAGCCAAGACAAAAGUGAAGAGGGAGGGAAGCACAUUCUUCCUAGGAUGAGACCUUGGCAAAGGUGUGGAUUCAAGUAGGGGUGAAGAAUUGGGGUCAAUAACGCAAUCUACCAUACCUUAUAGGAAAUAUCACAACAGUGGUAAUGGCUUUUCUUUUGCCAUCUAGGAGGAUACUGCUUGUUCCUGUUACACAUGAACAGUUAAAAGGAAGAUCUGUGACCUUCCUGGUCAUCCCACUCUACAAAUGCUGACAUUUUAGUCUCCAGUGGUAAUGACCAUGGAGCUAUCAAGGUACUUCUCUCUGCUUCUGCCCUUCCUUUAGUAUCCUUAAAAUGAACCACAAAUCUAUGGGACAUCCUAAGAUGUCUUUAGUGCUGGAAAGAACCCAAAGAACACAGAAGUAUCACUUCUUUUCUGUCUUACUUGUGCUCUCUCUCUAUUUUCAUUUACUAGAAAUGAAUUAAUAGUAAAAACAUUUUCUCUCUUCUUGGCUCCCAGUUGUAUUAUAUAACUCUUCAAAGGCAAGGCUGUGUCUUCUCUUUGUUAGCUUUUCUUCCCCCUCUCCCAGCCUCCUCUGGAAGUGCGGAAGAGGGUGUAACCGAUAGCCAUUCAACUAGUGUGGUUGAUUACUUGCCUGUUGUCUAAUCUUAAAUGACUGUUCCCUUUCUGGUUCACUGAUCAUGGCUCUGCCAUGCUCCUUGGGGCAAUAAAUACCAGUCUGGACUGCCCAGAAUGGAGACCUCUGCUUGUCUUGCCAUCCCAGAAACCUCCUGUCUCUUCCUGAGCUCCAGUCACUCAUGAAGCUCCUUCUGGUCUUGACUGUUACUCUGCUCCUGGCGCGGGUCACCCCAGCCACGAAGUGCUGGGGUAAGUUGGGAAAUUGCAGAACAACAUGCGAAGAGAAUGAAAUAUUCCAUAUAUUAUGCGGUACUGAAGCUAAGUGCUGUGUAAAUCCCAAGUAUGUGCCUGUCAAAACUAAAUUCUCGUAGAACUAGAAAACAGGGAUUAAACUCUGCCGUCUGACACCUCUCAUCCAACACUGAGUCUAACAUCAUUGGAUCCAACAGUUCUAUUAAAUUGUUUUUGGCUGUAGCCUGUUUGUGUCUGGCAGUUCCACCUAGCCAUACUUAGAAAUAAAUAAGGAAGAAAGGAAGGUAUGUGUGGGUAUUAGGAUGGACCGGUAGGUGGUAAUAAACUCAGCCUUGCACAUAGCUCCGAGUCUGCUGGCC